CGUGCCAACUCUUUGGAUUUGGAAAAAUAUUGCCCUAAAUCAUUUUCCUGCUGCUCCUUUUUUAUUCAUAAAAUAAGAAGGAUAUUUAGUCGAGUUAUCAGGACUUUGGCUGAAUCUGUACACAGAAGGCAAUGUCAGGAAACAGCAGCAACAGUGUUAUUCAGGCGCAAAAACUGGUGGAUCAACUUCGGGUGGAGGCGUGCAUGGAGAGAAUAAAGAUCUCCCUGACAGCAGGAGACUUGGUGCGGUUCUGUCAGGAUCACCGGCGCAGCGACCCUCUGCUCACCGGCAUCGCUGCCUCCUCCAAUCCUUUCAAAGAUAAGAAGACCUGCGUGCUGCUUUGACUGCCUCCAGGACAGAUGAUCAACACAGAUCUCACAGAAAGCAACUGCUUUUUUUUUUUUUACAGUCAAAUAUUUGAAAGGUCAAGUGUUCGGCUCGAAAUACCAAACAGAUCAUUGCAGCAUACCAUAAUCCCCUCUGUUUCAGCCCUGUUUCAAAAUUGC